UGGAGGACAGGGGUGGGACUUUGGGCGCGACAGCCGCCUCCACAGUCCAGCUGAACGCGGGUGGCGGCGGCGCCUACGGACCAAGGCAGGAGGGAUGGUCGGGUGGGAGAAAGGGCUCCGCAUCCAUUUUGAGCCGGGGAGCUGUUGGCUCGAGGAGGAAGAUGUUGAUAUCCCAAAUAGACGUGUCCUAAUUACUGGUGCCACUGGACUCCUUGGCAGAGCUGUUUAUAAAGAAUUUAAAGCAAAUCACUGGCACACUCUUGGCUGUGGCUACAGUAGAGCUCGACCUUUGUUUGAACAAGUUAAUCUUUUAGAUUCUGCUGCUAUUCACAGUAUAAUCCAAGAUUUUCAGCCUCAUGUGGUAAUACAUUGUGCAGCUGAGAGAAGGCCAGAUAUUGUAGACAGUCAACCAGAUGCUGCUGCUCAGCUCAAUGUGACUGCUUCAGGAAUCAUAGCAAAAGAAGCAGCUCAAGUGGAAGCAUUUCUAAUCUACAUUAGUACAGACUAUGUAUUUGAUGGAACAAACCCUCCAUACAAGGAGAACGAUAUACCAAAUCCUCUAAAUCUCUAUGGCAGAACCAAACUAGAAGGUGAAAGAGCAGUUUUAAAAAACAGUGAAGGUGCUGCUAUCCUUAGAAUUCCUAUUUUAUAUGGAGAAGUUGAAAAGCUGGAGGAGAGUGCUGUGACAAUUAUGUUUGAUAAGGUGCAAUUCAAUAACAAAUCAGCCAAUUUGGACCACUGGCAGCAAAGGUUUCCAACAUAUGCCAAGGAUGUAGCCAUUGUUUGCCAACAGCUGGCUGAGAGGAGAAUGGUGGAUCCAUCCAUUAAGGGAACAUUCCACUGGUCUGGUAAUGAGCAGAUGACGAAGUAUGAAAUGGCACGUGCUAUGGCUGAUGCUUUCAAUCUUCCUAGCAGCCACUUAAGACCAAUUAUAGAUAGCCCAGUACUGGGUGCUCCUCGUCCUAAGAAUGCUCAGCUUGACUGUUCCCGCCUUCUGAUGUUGGGCAUUGGUCACCAUACUCCGUUUCAAGUUGGGAUCAAGGAAUCACUUUGGCCUUUCCUCACUGACAAGAGAUGGAGACAGACAGUGUUCCACUAGCUUGUAGAUAUUUUAGUGUAAGUAUGGUAUAUGACGCACUUUUUAAAAAAGGGGAGAAAGAAUAGUUUUGUAUUCAGCAUUCUGUGUUUCAAGUUCAAUCAGGUAAAAAUAUUGUCUUGCACUAGUGAAAUUGUAAGAAGUGUUGAUAAAAAAAUAAUUAACCCUGUUUGAAGCUGUUAAUAUAUGUUUAUGUUUAUCACUGGCUUAUCAUAAAGAUCUAGUGAUCUACAAUUAUUGCAGUCCUCAGUAAUAUGGAAUGAGAAUGUUUCCUCACAUGCAAUUUUUGUGUUUAAAAUUGUUGGAUAAGAUCUCUUGGCAUUUAUUUUCUUGAUUACCAUAAAUAAAUAUUGUAAUGCAGGACUUUAAUGUUUCCAAUGCAAUUUCAAAUUAAAAAAACUGCUUUAGAUCUGAUUAAAAAAAAAAAUCUAAUAAAAUAAAACUUUAUUUUUGUUUGGAAUGAAUGUGUACUUAUACUUUACAUGUUUCUACAUUGUACUGCAUCCUGAAACUCCAGCAUUGUAUUAAACAGUUCACAACUGCAA